AUGGACUUGUACAUGAUGAAUUGUGAACUGUUAGCAACAUGCAGUGCCUUGGGGUACCUGGAGGGAGAUACCUACCACAAAGAACCUGAUUGCCUUGAAAGUGUGAAAGAUUUAAUCCGUUAUCUGAGAUAUGAAGAUGAAACCAGGGAUAUUCGGCAACAGCUGGGAGCAGCUCAGAUCUUACAGAAUGAUCUUGUGCCUUUAGUCAUACAGCAUCAUAAUGACAAACAACUGUUUGAUGCUGUUAUUAGGUUGAUGGUAAAUCUUACCCAGCCAGCUCUUCUGUGUUUUGGGAAAGUUCCUCAGGAUCCCACCUUCCGUCAUCAUUAUUUGCAAGUGGUGUCCUAUUUGCAGGCGUAUAAAGAGGCAUUUGCAAAUGAGAGACUCUUUGUAGUGUUGAGUGAAAAGCUCUAUGAUUUGCUGCAAAUGGACUGGGAGCAACGUGAAGAAGAACAUAACUUAUUAAUUGAAAGGAUUCUUCUUUUGGUGCGCAUAUAUCCUUCAUGUGCCUUCUGAUCCAGAUGAAGAAAAGGGCGUUGAUGAUGAUGCAAGCAUUCAUGAUAGAGUCCUGUGGGCAAUCCACAUGAGUGGGAUGGAUGACCUUGUGAAGUUUUUGGCUAGCUCUGAAACCGAGCAGCAAUGGAGCAUGCAUGUGCUGGAAACUGUAUCACUCAUGUUCCGAGAUCAGAAUGCAGAGCACUUGGCAUCAACUGGCCAGGCACGUUCCUCUGUAGAAAGAGUGACAGAUAUGAAGGAACUGGAGAUCCUCCGGCAGAGGGAAAUGGCAGAUAAAAAAAGCAGAGUAUUUCAGCGUGGCACACGGCAUUCACGGUUUGGUGGCUCUUACAUUAUUCAGGGUUUAAAGUCAAUUGGGGAUAAAGAUAUAAUAUACCACAAAGGACUUCACACUUUCAAAAAUUAUACUCCCGAUCUUGGAAAAAAUAUAAGGAGAGUCCCUAAAAGAAAGCUGCAAGCCAAGGACACAGAGGUCCACCGCCGGUCUGCAUUCAAUGUGCGUCUUUUCCUCAAGGAGUUUUGUGUGGAUUUCCUGGAAAACUGUUAUAACAGGCUUAUGUACAUUGUGAAGGAUCACCUAAUUCGAGAGAAGGCUCAACAGCAUGAUGAGACUUAUUACUUGUGGUCUAUGGCUUUCUUUAUGGCUUUCAAUAGACUCUUCCGUUUUCGACCAGAACUUGUAUCUGAAACUGUUAGUGUAAGAACAUUCCAUUUCAUAGAGCAAAACCUCACCAACUACUAUGAAAUGAUGCUGACAGACAAAAAAGAGGCUACAUCCUGGGCACGCAGAAUGCAUCUUGCCCUAAAAGCUUAUCAAGAACUUAUCACUACCAUCAAUGAAAUGGAUCAUUCUAAGGAUGAAUCUGUGCGAGACAGUAGCAAAGUUAUUAAAAACAACAUAUUCUAUGUGAUGGAAUAUAGAGAGCUGUUUCUUGCACUGUUUAGAAAGUUUGAUGAAACAAAACAACCGCGAUCUUUCUUAAAAGAUUUGGUAGAAACAACUCAUUUGUUUCUGAAGAUGUUGGAAAAGUUUUGCAAAGGAAAGCGAACGAUAGUGGUCCAGAACCGUAGAGUGAAAAGAAAGAAAAAGAAGAAACCCAGCAGGAGUGAAGAGCAACAAAAAAGUCCAGAAGAGUUGGAGGAAAUUUGGAAAACACUUUCUGUGAGGCUGAGCAGCUGUGCUACGGGUGCAGAAAGUCUACCAGAAGAAGUUGUUCCUUUUGAUGCAGCCUCUGAAAUACCUGUUGAAGAACAAAGAAGUGAAGCUUUGGUGCGAAUUCAGAAUGGCCUUUUUAGUGGGCAAGCUGCAGAGUCUCUUGUUCUGCUCCGUUCUGCCAGGGAAGUUUGGCCAGAGGGUGAUGUGUUUGGAUCUUCUGAAUCAGGGCCAGAAGAAGAAGUUGAACUUCUCAAGCAAAUUUUCUUUGCUGAUCUUCCCAGAUCAUCUCAGGUUGAUGAUAAUGAGGAGCAAGAAGAAGAGGAGGUUGAGGAGGAAAUAGAGGAGGAGCUCACCUCAGUUCAAGUGUCUGAGAAAGAGUUUAACUUCUUGGACUAUAUGAAAAGAUUUGCCAGCUCCAGUGUGGUGAAGACCUAUGUUUUGCUGCUGAAGACCUAUCAGCAAAACAGUUCGCAUACCAACCACUGUGUGGUGAAAAUGUUGCACCCGUAUUGCCUAUGACUUGAAAAUGGAGGCACUACUUUUUCAGCUCUCUGUUUUCUGUGUUUUUAAUCGUAUUCUCAAUGACCCUGUAGCUAGUGCCUACAAGGAAUUAGUAGCAUUUUGUAAAUUUAUCCUGAAUAAGUUCUUUGCACUUGCUGCUACAAACAAGAAGGCAUAUGUAGAGCUCCUUUUUUGGAAAAAUACUACUGUAGUUCGAGAGAUGACAGAGGGUUACCGCAAGCCUGGUGAGGAAGAAAGUGAUAAUGCUCGAAAACGCAUAAAAUGGACACCAGAAGAAGAGGAGGAACUUCGAUCCUUAUACUUACAGUAUAAAGAGGUUGAAGGUGCUGAUGUUGUGGACUCUAUCUUGGCAAACCUGAGGCCCGGAUCUCGAACUAGAAAACAAAUUAUUAACCAUCUUGUGCAAAUGGGACUUGCUGACAGUGCAAAGGAUUUCAAAAAAGAAGUUAAGGGAACUCGAAUUGUGCUCUGGACAGAAGAUCAGGAGAUGGAACUUCAGAGACUUUUUGAGGAGUUUCAAGAAACAGAUGAUACUCUGGGAAAUAUCAUGAAGCAUAUUACUGCAAAACGUUCCAAACCUAGAAUUAUAGAAAAACUAAUAAGCAUGGGCCUUGUGUCUGACCGUAAAGAACUUUAUAAGAAGAGGAAGAGAAAAGGAAAAUCUGGCAUAUCUGAAGAAGAAUUUCUACAUGAUCUUGGAGUAGACGAAAGAGAUAUUGAUGCUGAAGAGGAGGAAGAGGAGGAGGACAGUGCACAGAAGAGGAGGAACAAGAAAAUGACAAACCACAACACAUAACAAAAAUGUUGGACAGAAAGAGUGGAUCACUUGUGGAUCGGAAGAUACAAAAUAUUGUACGGAGUUUACAUGAGGAAGGCUUAUCUGGUCCACUGUUGUGGCUUCAGAACUGUCUGAAUCGGACAGCAGAUGACAAAGAUGAAGAUGGUUCUUCUCAGUCAGUCCCUCUUGUACCGUUGACUGAGGACAAUGAGGAUGCAAUGGAGAACAAAACUUUCCAAAAGCUAUUAAAAAAGGUUGGAAUACGUCCACCAGCAAAUGAGCAAGAAUCCUUUUGGCGAAUUCCAGGAAAGUUAAGUGCUGAGAAACUUCGGGAGGCAGCCAGUUCUUUUCUGUCAUCUCCAGAAGAGCAGCCCAUUGAUGCUCACAUAGACUCUGAUGAGCAGGUUCCCAAUCUAGAGCAGAGAGCUGAGGCACUACGUUCUCUCUUACUUGCCAGAAAAAAGAAAGUGGAAAUUGCACUUCAGGAAACAGAGCAGACAUCUCCUGGCGCAUCUGCAGAUCCCGAAAAGUCAAGUAAAAGGGUAAAGGUUAAAAAGAAGAACCAACUAGUGGACAGUGAUGAUGAAGAACAACCAGAAAUAAAUGACGCUGUUCAAGAACUUCAAAAUAUCUCUGUUGACAUCUCUGCAACUGAUACCCAGGUUGACAGACCAAAGGUAGCUACCAAAAGAAGCAGACUGUUAGACAGUGAUGAUGAGGAAGCAGGAACUGGACAUAAAGGGGAAGAAUCUGUUGGGAUUACAAAAUCAGCCUCUGAUUCCGAGCCUGAGGAUGAUGUCCGACCAACUAAGAAAAAACGGCUACGAAUUGAUGAUGAUGAUGAUGAUGA